CGCUGAUGGAAACAGUGAGGUUUGAGCCAACAGGCCUCCAUGUUGGAUCUAGACUGUGUGUAAAGUGCGCAUGCGAGUUGCAGUUUCACCCGGAAGUCUUACAUACAUGUACAGUUCAGACAACACUGUGGAAGGGCUGAAGAGGCACAAUGGCAAAUAGCGUACUUCAAUGUUUUAAGAGGAUAAACUUGCCUGUUUUUAAUCCUUAUAACGAUCUCUUUGGUUACACUUUACGGAUUCAGUCCCGUAGUUACGCUAGUAAGAAACCAGUAACUAAAGGCAAAGGUAAAGGAAUGGUAAAGGAAGUUUUUAAGGGUCCAGAAGUUUGUAAGGAUCCAGUGAGACUUUGCACUCAUGCAAGUGGAGUCAACAUCUUCAAACAAGGAGAGGAUCCUCUUAUUAAACCCAAGGAAGAAUAUCCAGAAUGGUUGUUCGAGUUGGACCUCGGUCAACCCAAAAAACUCAACGAACUGGAACCAGACACUCGCGAAUACUGGAAGCUUUUAAGGAAGGAGCAUAUUUGGAGACAUAAUAAACUGCAUAAAGGCAAAAAGAUGUAGAGACUUUGGACAUAAUCAUGCAUAUUUGAGAGCAAGGCCUGGGUGAACCUUUUGCAUUCACAGCGGACAUUACCUGAGGUGCAUCUGGACUUCAGAUAUGGAGAAGUUUAACAAACAAAUUAGUGCUGACAAAGAUAAACACACUUUUUCAGUUUUGCUGGUGUGUUGGUACUGUGUCUGAGGAUCAAGUGGUUGUAUUUUUGUUGUCAUUCUUUGUAUUAUUGUGUUAUAAUUAUUUUCUCACUUAUGUCACAUGAAAAAAUAAAUAAAUUCUAAUGCAAAA